AUGUCACCUGCGACUGCUCCUUCGAGAAUUCCACCGUCUGCCACGUCAUCAGCUUGUUCGUUUGCCAUAAACCGCAUCCUCUUUCACCAUAAAAGACCAUUUCUUGCUUGAUUUUCACCGGUGUGUUGAUCCUUGACUUUCUGUUUUCUUUUCCUUCGUUGUUGCGGUGAAAAUUGCAGGGAGCUCUUGAGGCAGAACCUCACAGGCGUGCUGCCGGAAGAGAUUGCCAACCUAACCCACCUCAGAUAUCUGUAAGUAAUCUCGCCUGGAUUCCUGAGAAGGAACAUGUGAUGAACACCCGUUGUCCUCUGCUCAGUCUUAGUCUACGUGCAGUAAUACCAAAACUGGGGGAAGAAAGAAGGUAAAACCUCAUCAUCCUUGGCGCGACUUCGUCGAAAACUGAAAUGGAGGAAAAAGAAAAAAGAUCUCCGGGCUUUGAGACACGAGAAUGGAAGAGAGAACAUGACUGUGAAUUUUUAACGACCAUCGUUAGAUUUGAACAUCAAGUACUUGAUUAGAUCAGUUGUACCUUAACUAGGCUGUUACUUCUCCGACCACCAGUUUCUGGGAUAGUUGUCGCCUUCGAUUUUCAUUUCUUCUUCCCAAGCAAAUGGCAACCUUCUGCAUAUCAUCCAUAGAUGAAAUUAUUCUCUUAUAGGUUGUAUAGUCGCCUUUAUGAGUGUAAAUGCUUCUAGACAUGGUCAAAUGGGCGCCUAUCCCUUGGUAAAGAUGUCUAAGCUCAGACCUCAUUGUUCAUCAGACCAUGCAUUUGUGGCGCCAUCUUUGAACAACUAACCUAUAACCCACAAAAUAAAAAUUGGAAUGCUCUGUAAUGAUAUAAAAGUAAUGGGCAAAAAUACACUCAGAAGUUAAAAAAAAUAGAUUUUCAAAUGGAAUUGGCAAAUAAUAGUAGACCUUUGAAUAAAUUAGGUAUUUACGCUUGUUAAACAUCACUGACUGCAAAAUAUCCUCUAACAGUUGAUUAUAUGCACAUAUUUGAUCUUUUACGAAGUCAUUUUUUAUUUGCCAAUGACUUGUAGAAGGAAAAGUUGCAGUAGAUUAAAAAUCUUGACCUUCUUCUGACAUGUCAAAGCAGAUUUAUGUUGCAUCCAUAGAACAUCUUUCUACUGAUAUUUCUUUUGUGAUGGUGAUAGAUCAAAUUAAUUCCCUGCUAGCUCAAUUUUAAAUGUCAGUUUACCAUCUGACCGCUAUAUGCACAUAUUCUGACCGAAGUGUUUUGCUAACAGCGACCUAUCACGCAAUUACCUAAAUGGAACCAUCCCACGUGUCUGGUCUACCCUUCCUCUAUUCAAUUUGUAAGAUUCCUUACUUUUGACGUCCCCAAUUUCAAAUAUAUGUACGUGUCACCUGGAAUUCCUUUCGAUGCCUAUCAGUGGAUCCUUGACCUUGCAGGUCACUUCAGGGGAAUCGUAUAUCUGGAAAGAUUCCUCCUGAGCUUGGAAGAUUUCCUGUAAUUCAAUCUAUGUAUGUUUUCUAGACUUAAAUGCCGACUGCAUUGGGAAGCAAUACCUAAUUUUGUUGACCGGAAUAUUUCAGGAACCUGGAAAACAAUCGACUAGAAGGUCAUAUUCCUGAAGAGCUUGGUAACGUAAUCAGCUUACAGAGAUUGUUAGUACCUUUUCCGUCAUUUUUUAAAUUAUUUCUGAUAAAUGUCACCAAAGAUCCAACGGGAGAUCCAUUUUGUAAAUUCUUGCAAUUUUAAAAGCUCAAUUAAUUUGUGCCCAUAUGUAGAUGGAUGUAGGAGGGAACAGUAAAGAGGGAAAUGAAGAUUAUUCUCCCGCAUAUCUUUUUUUGAUUCUUAUAUAGAUGUUUGUACGAAAUUAUGAUAGAAAUGAUCGCUUAUGGUUUAAACAUGUAUAGAAGCUACAGAGAGUUGCCCACUGAAAUCUAAUAAAAUUUCUGAAAAUGGCUCUAAAUUCUUGAAAAUUUCCUUUGGUAAAACGCUGUGUUGAUGGCUUAAACCUGAAUGCAAUACAUUUUAUGGAGACCAAAAAUUUCCUUAUUUCCUGUCUUUUGUCAUUUGACCGUUUUAAAUGAGGUUUGGAAUAAAAUUUUAACUUUAUCUAUUAAGGGAUUUUAUUGUUUCUAAAAUAUACGAGAUGCUUUAGAGUUCGAAGUAAGAAGCAGGGGUAAUUUUCAUUGGUACUUCACAAUUCUUGUGUGUGUAUUUUUUGAUUGUUUCGUUAUGGCAUUUGCUUUCUCAUACAUAAUCUUUUUUGCAUGAUUUCUGAAAUAUGUUGUUCCUUUUUCCAUGAUUGUGAUCCCGAGUGAAACUCACCAUGAGCUAAUCUCAGACCUUAUUCCUUUUAUUUUUUAUUUUCCCAUUAUCUAAGUGGUGAAUCAUUUGUUCCUACAGCUUCAUUUCUGGAAAUAAUAUCACAGGGGAGUUGCCGGCUUCAUUUUCCCGGUUAACAAAUAUGACAGAUUUGUAUGUUGUUUCUACAUAUUUUGCUUCAACCAUUGUCAUCUGAGCACAGUAAUAACUUGAAAAAAUAUUUUUUCAGUAGGAUAGAUGGAAACCCUAUCACCGGGCAGAUUCCCGAUUUUAUUCAGAAUUGGGCGGGAGUCAACAGGAUGUGAGUGAGUAUAGCAUGCAUGGAUAUCAUCAUGCAAUUGGGUUUCCUUUUUCCAUUAUGAGAAACAGAUUAACUGGGGCAAUACAUCAACAAUUAAUGAACUGUUGAUUGUCAGAGACAUGCAGGGUACUGCUAUGUAUGGUCCUAUUCCCUUGAGCAUCUCUUUCUUAAAACACCUAACAGAAUUGUAAGUGCAUCUUUCUUGUUACUGCCUCAUGGUUGCUGAUUUUUAAACAGUGUUCUUGUCUAAUAUUUAGUAAUAUCUCCAGGAGAAUAUCUGAUCUGGAUGGACCAAGCAUGACGUUUCCUCCACUUCAGAAUGCGAAGAUUUUAACAGAACUGUGAGCUUAGUAAUGCUUGUGUUAUCUCAAUCAAUCUAAAUUAUUUUGUCGUUUGAAUAAAUAGCAGAAUACUGCUUACCUGGAUGGCAGGGUCUUAAGAAACUGUUCGAUUUCCGGUGAGAUUCCACCAUACAUGGGGACCAUGGAGUAUCUUAAAGUGCUGUGA